AUGGCACGUGCAGAAGCCCACAAGUUCAAGGGCAAGGAAGAGCAUCUGAUAUUUGUCAAGAAUGUCCCCGCAUAUAUGGCGCAUAGGUCCAUACCAGACUUGUACAAGCAGUACGAGCCAGUGAGAUUCAAGAACGUCUACCCCCACAGCGACAUCACUACCGUCGUGAUCGGCUUUCGAACGCACGAUGAGGCAGUCUAUGCACAACAACAAACGGACGGAGUGCGCCUCGAAAGCGUCGUUCUACGUGUUGAGAAGUACAACAAACAUCGAUCGGUACGCUACCUGCAGGAAGUGCGCACCAAAGGUCAGCCACUGGGCCCUACAUACGACGACUUUGAGGAAGAGGAAGAAGAAGACCAAGAGCCAGAGCCAGAGUAUGUGUUGCCAUUUGGACCUACAACGGAAGAGACAGCAGGAGUACAGAAGACAUGGGCCCGGAUCGCCGGAAACGAUCGCGCAACGAAUGGUAUGAUGCCUCUACCACCUCCAGCCACCGCGUUCCGUGUACGACACCCAACCUCAGUCAACUCUACCGCGAAGUCUACACCGACUUUUGCUGUCGCCGUCCCAUACAUUGCCGCUCUCCACAAGACUGACGAAGCUGCCUCGGAAGUCACGACGAUAGACUCGGUUCCAGUACAAUCACCGGGCACUCAAUUUGUCGGGGUCGCAAGCUCCAAAGGCGUUGUAGAGGAAAAGAAGAAGACAAAGACACGUCCGGACGCGACCAAGGUAGCAAUGCCGAUUCGUACUAGCAUCUUCACAGAUUGGGAGCCUAUCAAUUCAACUCAGCGAUUCGCUCAGCUUCAUUGUAGGGACUGCUCGUUCUGCAAGAUGCGCGAGCGCUGCAAGGUAGAGAAGAAGGAUCAAUAUUCGCAUCCUGAAAAGCUACUUUGA